GUCUCUCCUUUGGCCUUCCACCACUCCCAACUUCCAAUUUCUCUAGCAUUCAUUUUCUACUCUCAACGUCAAAAUUCAGCACAAGACUAUCAAAGAAUUGAGUUGAAGAUUUGAAGAAAAAAGUCCUAAGAGGCAAAAGGUAAGAUGGAAGAAUAUGAGGCUGCUGGUACAAGGUCUUGAUGUUUCGUGAAGGCCACGAAUAAAGGAGGCUGAUAAUAACUAGCAAGGCUAUUCCUUGAAGUAAAUACAUCACAUGAUAGUACCAAGUAAGCAGUUGGCACUUAGCUGCGGAGAAGAACAUGACAAUUUUGUUUGGCCAAUUGAAGUUCCCUUAAUUGGAAGAUUUUGUCUACCAAAGAGUCGUUGCAGUGUAGAGACAGUAAGAAAAUGUCAGCUUGUCUAUUAUGCCUACAAUUACAAGAAAGUAGACGAACGAGGCUUCAAGAUUCAUAGUUUUGACUACAAGUCGGAGAGGAAAGAGUUGGAAGAAAGAACUAGAAAAGCUAAUGUGAAAACAAGUCAUUCAGAAGCUCUCGCUUCGGACAUGGAGCUCACUCUCUUGCAAGUGCUCGUGUAGCUCUCUCUCCUUGAUCUCAAAUUCUACCAGGGAGCAUCGUCAAUUGAGCAUAAGAGAAAUUCUAAUGACGUAUUUAUCGUGGCAUUUGUACUUCGGAAACUUUUCUGUAUUUAUAAAAAUAGUUUGACAAUAUUACUAUAGUUUAUGCCCUUUUAUUGUAUAUCAACAAUAUUUGUUUAUGAUAAUCAAACUACAAAAGAGAAAA